AUGGACAGCUGGACUCUCCAGGGGGACAGCUACUCCUUCCUGCGCAGUGCACCCCGCCACACCUUCUCCCUGUGUCAUCGUGACGGCACCCCCAACCACAUCGAAAUCUUCGACAUCAUCAACGUCCCUAGUCAGCGCAGUGCCAUUUCUGAGACCACCUGCCUGUGUGACAUUUUUGGAGACGACUGUGAGUCAACCUCCCUCUCAAGCAGCCCUGCUGUAGGGGCUUUUGUCCCUUCCCAGAGGGAGGUGGACGGGACAGCUGCCGCAUCACCUCCGUCGGAUGAUCUGAACGACUCAUCAGGCUCUUACCACACCGCGCCGGGCUCCAGUGAAGGAGAAGAGGGCUUUGAGGAUUCAACAGAAAGGAUUUACAGCCCGCCGUUGCAGAGCGAUUCUCCAGAGGGGAGGCAGGCGGAGGGUGAGGGACUAAGCUCAGGGCAUCCAGAAGUUUCUGAGGACAGUAGCCCAAAUUUAGAACCAAAAAGCAAAUCACCCCAGCUAAGUGCAGCUAGCCCAUCAUUAGAAGGCCUCUACAGUGGUCAGAGUACCCCCUCUCCUGGACAUAAUAGUCCCUAUACCCUCAGUGCAGAGGGGAGAGCGUCAUCCUUGUCUUAUUCCUCAGUUGAAAAAAGAUGUUCACCAUCAUCACCUAGUCCUAGACAAGCUCACUUAGAAGUGGAAUCCAGAGGAACAACUCCCACUGUCAAAGAAAGGUACAACAGCCCCUCGCAUCAGUCUUUAUCUCCAAGUCCCUCCCCUGAGCCGAGGAACUGUGUCAGCUCAGCCUCCUCUGAAUCAGCGAACACCCAAUCGUUACCUGAGCAAACAAGCAACUACUUUAUUCAACACAGCAGUCCCUCACCUGAGCCCACAUCCAAAGUUUAUUCUCUAGAUUUUACAGAAUCAGCCUUUGAAUCUAGAGCCAACCUUUCAUCUCCUUUACCUUCAAGCAGUAGUACAGAGUUAUCAUCCCAGUCGAGAGAAACGCUGGCCUCUCCUGACCUGAAGAAUAGACCCUACUCCCCUGAUACUCAAACAUCAUCUCCUUAUUCUGAGCUUAGAGGAAGGGUCUCCCUGCCUGAUCUCCUCAGCAGAGGUUCCACGCCUGAUAUCGAAGAUCCUACCCCUGAACUGAUUUCAAAUCAGUCACCUGCAGGAAGAGACACAGCCACUUCUCCUGAGAGCCAAGAUACAGCUGAACUUCUGAGUGCUGUGUCUACACCUGCUCCACGAUACACACCUCCCUCACCUGUCAUUUCAAUAGCAACAUCUCCUGAGCUUGUGGAGAGUCGAGUUUCGUCUGAUUUAAGACGCACAGCUCGCUCACCUGGCCUGCUCAGUGCUGCUUCUCCAGCUAGGACAAGGACUCCUUCUCCCAGCCCUUCACAUGAAAUAAGACACAUUUCAACACCUUCUGAAAGCAGGACCCCAGUGUCUUCACCUGUUAGUUAUAGCUUAUCUCCAUCACCGGAAGUUGCGAGCAGCAGACAUACUGCUCCUUCACCUGAAAUCAGGAUUACAGCAUCCUCACCUGAGGUCAUCAGGAAAGCGUUGUCUCCUGAAGUGGAAACAACAUCAGCAUCGCCUUUCCUAGAGCUUCACCCUGCCUCAUCAAGAAGCCUCACUUCAUCCCCUCACAUCACAGGGAUUUCUUACUCUGUUGUUCAGCCGGAGGACAGGGACAGUCCCCCAUUUCCUGAGCUCUCCCGUCUCUCCACCCCAGAAACAGAUAGGCCGCUUUUGUCCCCUGAAGCAAGGAGCCCUACCCCAAGCAGAGACAGUAAACAGAGCAGUAUAGCACCUGGGACACCAAGAGACUCACCUCAUAUAUCGGGCUUCACAAGCUCUGACCUGCAGCCUGAAAUAACUCAACCCAGGUACCUAACACCUUUGCCUCAGCCACAGCAUCAAACUCCCUCACCUGAGCCAAGAUAUCAAACCCCAUUAUCAGACAAGUAUCAAAGUCCAUCCCCUCAGCAAAUAAGUAGAGAUCUGUCUCCUGUUGCCCUAUCUCCGGAGCAGAGUUAUCGUCAGCCUUCACCAGCAACCCUCUCGACUGAGUACCACCCUCACUAUACACGGCCUACUCCGCCUCUAAGAAAUACUCCUGAGGUUCAGUGCGAUUCCUUCUCAGUUGAUAUUACAGAAAAAGAGCACCCAACAAAUUUAGCAAAAGAGAGUGUGUCACCCUUAUUUGAAUUAGAUAGGGGAGACAAAUUAAUUGUUGCUGAAAUAAAAAGCAGUUCACCAUUGGCGGCCGUUCAGUCCCCUGUGUCCACUUCGCAUUUCUUAGCUGAGGAAAAAGUAGAGAAUAGAGAAGCAACACCAAAGAAAGCAAACCUUCAGGAUAACUCAAGUUUAGCUUCCUUCCCUGAGAAAAAACAAACCAUAGACCCCAUCUUUGUUCAGAAAGAAGACAUUUAUAAUAAUAAUAAUCCCCCCAUUGAAAUCAAGUCCCCCUCCCCUAAUCUCCUUGUCCCGAAGGACAGUAGUCCAAAUAUUUCACUUGUCCAAGAGACUACAUCCACCUCACCUGUGCAGAAAAUUGAAAACCCUCAGCCUCAAUUCACUACUUACCCCCUAACUUUUGAAAACAGCGGCCCAUUAAAACCAGCCUUUACACCUGAGCUUGCCAGAAGACAGCUGUCAACCAAAGUUAAACGUGAAAACAGAGAGAGGCUACCAGAGGACAUGGCCCACCAUGUAAACAGAAGACGGACUCCCUCUCCGCCACUCACCAGGUUUACACCUGUCCACAUCAUAGCCCCUGAGAAACCCUACAGACAGUGGCAGAACAGAAGCCGCAGCCCCUCUCAGGUUGUAAAAUCCUCUUCCAGUGGUAAUUUAAAGAAAGUGGCGACACAUAGGGAAAGCCCCAAUGAUGACAAUAAUAGCCAGGCCCACUGGGUCAGGCAGGGAAGGCAACAGGAAAUGGAGAGGGAAAUGCAGCUAGAGGAGGAUAGAGGAAGGGAGAGGCAAAGGAAUAGGGAGAUGGAGAGAGAGAGAAAGAGGGAGGAGCGGGUUCCUGAAAAGGGGAUGGGUUGGCAGGGGGACGCCAGUUACAGAGGGGAACAGGUUGAGCUGUCAUUCAAUGCCAGGAAUAGAAAAGGGCCUGCGAGUCGCAGCACAGCUCCCACAAGCAGAGAGACCCGUCAGGGACUGCCAACAGUGCAUUCCUAUCCAGAGAGCCUGCUUGCCACCAGACAACUACAGCAACAACAAAGUCUGCUCAGACUUGCUUCCCAACAAGACCCCAGGGGUAGUGGUCCCAGCAGACGGCUUCAACCUCCUGCACCCCACCACAGGAACAGUGCUCCUGGACGCACAAACAGGCCCUGCCAGAGCUCCAGCUCCAGCAUGGGAAGUGAGCUUGAUGAUGCUGACGAUGAGGUGAAGUGGUUUACAGACUUAGCUUUCCGCAGCCUGUCAAGCCCCGAGGUAGAUUACCUUGACAUGUACAACUCCAGCCACCGCUCAUCUACCAACAUUUCUCAACCAUCUACCCAGGAGAGCCCAGCUGGGGUCAGCACCGCCUGGCCGGCCUACGCUGACUUCAGGGGCUCUGCUCCCAAGCUGGACAAUGAUGAACUCUCCUUCCAGCAACCAUCUGCAUACUAUUCAGAUGGCCUGGAUCCAUCAAGGCGCUAUGAGAUGGGCAGCUUUGAGUGUGUGGAUGUUGCUGUGGAAAGAGAGGAGCCCAGGAGGGUGAGAAGAGGAGUGCCAAAGAGACAGAUCCAGCUGAAGAGAAAGAGUAAUGCGGAAGGAAAGCAGGAUGAGAGCAGUGAAAAUAGUAGUCCUGGGUUACCAGUGAUGCCGGAAAGCCCCUCUCUAGAGAGUCACUCCAGAGAAACAUUGAUGAGACAACACAGUACACCAGCAGCAAUGCAAGAAUGCUACCCUUCUGAGCGUAGCCCUGAGCCCAAUCAACAAAAUGAAAGAAAACUCCAGAAAUCUGUUUCUCUGGAUGAAACGUGCACGAAAACCAAGAUGGCCACUUGUCUUAUUAAGAGUGUGUUGUCCAAGAAGAUGCAGAGUGUUGAUAAAACACCCGAUGAGCAAGCAGGAGAAGAAGAAAGCCCCACUUUUGAGCUAAACAGCCCAUCAGCAGAGAGCGCAGCGGUGCCAAUCAAAGAAUCCCCAAAACCUGACUCACAUAAUCUGAGCUCCAGUCUUCAGUCAGAUUAUAGUAUUUCAUCUGAGGGUUUCCCUGCGAGAGGAGAACCAAGCACAAAGGAUGAAGCCAAACCUCCAAAAUGCUUCGGAGUGAGAUCCAGUAACAGGCCAAGUUCAUCCAGCAGCAGCCGAAGUGUUAACUUUUCACUGAGUGAGAGUGAAGAGGCUGAUUCUCACAGCAGGAAUGCAACUUCAUCAAGAUCUGAAAUGAGAUCGGAAUUAAAAGUGCCAUUUGAUAGUAAACAGUCGAGAACUGGAGUGCAACGAGCAGAUGACGGUAAAACAUGGGACGGGAGGGAAGGCGGUGACUCAGCAAAUGCCACUACCGGGAACGCAGGAGCUCCUUCUGCUACUGGAGCCAGCAGCAUGCAGGCCAGGGUGACAAACAGAGACCAGGAAUGUGAAAACACAGAGGACCAUAAACAACUGCAACAGGGUGCCAAGGGCGCGUACAUGUCACAAACACAGGAGAUUACAGUCAAAGCCGUGGAGAAAAAGAAAGCCUCCCUAAAUGUCUGUCUCACACCUGAGGCAGAAAACAAACCAGAGGCUUCUUCACCUGAUAUAAAGGAGGAGAGGCUAGAUACCAGUGUAGAUGAGAAAACAGAAGAAGAAGGAAAUGGGAAGGUUAAGGUCCCCAUUCAUAAAGUUAGAGAUGUGAGACGGCUUGUAAAAAACACAUAUAAUCUGUCCUUCAAGGCAACAAGUGCUGCAGUGCCACCAAAUGUGGACGAAGAAAGGGUGGACAUUUUCAGUGAGGAAAGGAGGGGAGAAAUUAAAGAGGAAAGGAGUGAGGAGAUCAUAACAAGGGAGGAGAAGGAGGUGAGGCACGAGAUAAGAAGGGAGGAAAUGGAAGAGGAGCAGAAAGAGGAGGUAAAAGACUCAAAGCUUCUAUCUUUAACUCCACCUCUUCAGAGCAAAGGAAGUCCUGUGUCUCGUUCACAGCCAAUGCAAAUAGAAUAUAAGGCUGUUUGCUGGAAAGAAGACAAAAAUAAAAUGUCUUGCAGCAAGAGAGACUCAGAGAAACCAGCUGACAAACCCCCGGCCUCUCCGAAGCUUGUCACGAAGGUGAGCAGAGAAUCACCCUCGAAUGCAAACACAAUGAAUUACACAACAGGAGACACUGCAGUUGCAAAGCCAUGUCAGCAUGAUCUAAACAUGGCAGCAGAAACACCAGAGACCUUGACAGAAAUGCAUAAAGUGUUAGACAAUGAGGACAAACCUGCGGUGGUGAGAACAGACAAGAAACCCCCCAUGCUCGGGAGCCUCCCCAAACUGCCCAGUAAGGAAAGAGAGGUGUCCACUGCUGUUGUGUUGAUAAGGGAUGGAUCCAGCAGGUGCAAGACAUCUGCAUCUCCAGCCCAGGAAGAGAUUCCCACCCAAGCCCCAGCUGCUUCACCUUCACCUGGGCCCACUACUCCUAGCGGUAGCAGUGGUCACUCAGUUUCCAUGUUAUUAAAGGAAAAAGGCUACCAAGCUGACAUCGGAGCAGUGGUGGGUGACAACCAGAAUGCAGCUGGAAGUAAAGGGGUUCCCCGGAAGCAUGUCAACUGCCUGGAGAUCCCCCUUCAGACCAUCACUCCUGCAGAUGAAGGACGCAUGGAGUCUCACAGAGAAAGGACAUUCUCCUCCUCAUCCACCACAUCUGGUCCCUUAGCAGCAUCUGACAACACAGACCCUCUUACAAAGACCAGAGAAGAAGAGGAAGUGAGCAGUAAGCCUGAAGUAAAAGACACAGCUAAGCAAAAAAGUGUUUCUCCAAUGAGGAAUACGCAGGAGCAAACGCCACUUCCCACCAAACAGAAGGAAAUUGGAGAUUUUGAGGCAGUGAAAAGACUAGAUCCAACUUUCCCACCAAGGUCUCCUGCAGUGAGAAGAUUCAGACCACAGCCAAUUGAGGUCAAGUCGAUGUCUAAAGAAACACAGAAACAAGAGACGCCCACAAACACGACAGGAAACAGCAGGCCCCAAACCAUUGAAGUGAAAUCUAUAGCUAAAAAUUCUCAAAAGCCUGUGGUGCCUCCGAAACCAAGCUGCAAAUUUAAACCUGCAGAUUUAGGCGCAAUGCCAACUGAAGUGCAAAGGUCAUCAGCAACCACAUCUACUGUAAAACCUCAAGCAGAGGAGAGGUCUCAAACAAUUGUAGUGUCCUCACCGACAAUCUAUAGAAAGAUCUCCAAUGAGUCCACAUCAACAUCAAACUAUACAAGAAAGAUAGCAGUGUCUGCAGUAUCCAGCCUCAAGCCUCCGCCUUGCAAAACAACAGCAACCAACAUCUCCAGCCUCUCAAACCAGCCCACAGCAUCACCAGAGACAGAGGUGUCUAAUGACAGAGGUCAGCAGCAAAAGCCAGGGGCUUCACCUCAGAGCUCUAGAUAUACACAAAGACCCACAACUUUAGCUACAGCUCCAAUAUCAUCCACUUGGCCAGGUUUGACCUCAGCUCCAGGUCCAGCAUCUGACCUGAAAGUAAACCCUGUUGCUGGACCUGACUCCGCUGGAGCCAACCAACCAAGUCAGCCAGCUGUUGUGGAUCCAGACCGUCAACCACAGUAUCCCAGGACGGCUUACCCUUAUGAACAAGCUAUGCCGGUAACUUCAAACAACACAAAACAACCCGCAGCUGUUUCCACAACACAAGUGCCAGGAUAUUCACACCAACCAUGUCGCAGAUCGCUCUCCAGCGAGCGCUCCCAAAGGGCAGACGACCUGCGUUUUUAUGCCUCAGAUGACCCUCCGAGCUACGAUGAAAGAGAGAGCUUCAGUCCCCUCAUGCUCCCAGAUCUGACUCCCAGAAGGUCAAAUCGCUAUCAACCCUCCUCCCGCCCUCCUCCCUGCUCCUGCACAGCUGGCUGCCCUUCCCACCCUGGCCUCACCCCUCCUCACCAUCACCGCAGCCCUCAUAACCUCACCCCUCCCGCCCCUCCACACUCUCCAGGCCAGGCACUACCUUACCCAGUCCCUCAGCCACCUCUCCGUCCCCACCAGUGCCGACCUGACCCUCAGCCGAUGAGCUAUCAGCCCGGCUCUCCAAAAUCAAGUCCUAUUGGUCCAAGCCAGCCACCGGCCAUGUACCACCCUCUCCACCAGCCUCCUCCCUGCCCUCCUCACCCCUCACUCAUGCAGGCCUGCCCUGCUGAACGGCCACUGCAGCCAGCCCAGCAUAUUGACCCUCGACGACCCCCUGUCCACAGAUCCCCCCAGCAACAGCCACCAGGCAUGGCUGGGGCUCCUUACAGUGAUCCUGCCCACAGCCACUCUCCUGGCCUUCCCCCUAUGGAUCCCCAGUACCUGUGUGGCCCUCAAAGUCUAGGGCCCUCCUACGGCUCUGAAUAUGGGGGUGACAGUUCCAGUCUGUACUCCGAGAGCAGCUUUGGACAGACACCUCGCAGAGUGCUCAUGGAUCCUGAGACAGGGAAGUAUUUUUACAUCGAGGUGCCUGUACAGCCACUGAGGAAAAUGUUGUUUGACCCAGAGACUGGCCAAUAUGUGGAAGUGCUCAUCCCACAGCAGGCAAUGUCACAUUCAGGUCUGUAUCCUCCCUCAGCAGCCCCCUACACAUCUCUCCACAACACCAACAUGUAUGCCCCUGCUCCGCAGUACAUGCCCUAUGCAGCUCCUCCUCCCCAAGCCCACCCCCAGGCUCAGCCUCAGCCACCCCGAUAUCCUGAGGCCUCAGCUGCACCAACAAUGCACCCAGGUGGGCCUGGGGUCAGCUACAGGAAUCCCUCUGGUCAGGGGUCAAAGCCGGAGCCCCAGAACCAUCCACCACUGGACCAGAGCUACCUGGAGAGUAUGUAUUAUGUCCCUACAGGGAUGAAUGCGAGCCCCAAUCCCACCCCACCGGACUAUUACCACAAACAUCCCCCCAACCUUCCCCCAACUGGGGGGAAAAGGUCCUGAAAUAGAGGACAGAGGCCGCCUUCCUGGAGCCUGCAGGGUUUUAAAUACACAGUGUACAGAGGGGGUGUCUAAUGUUAGCCUGUAAUGUUAUUUGAGUU